AUGUCAUGGGAUAUUCGCGUCGUAGUUGGCCUAGAUUUUGGAACAACCUACUCUGGAUUCACUUACCGUCAUGUUGAUGGCGAUAGAUAUAUCACAAAUGAUCGAUGGCCUGGGGAAAGGGGUCAAUGCCAAUUUAAAACGAAUACUGUACUGCAAUACGAAGAAAAUUUAACAGAUGUCAAAGCAUGGGGCUAUCCUGCAUUAUCUAAACGACCAAGUUCAAGGUCAGAUAAGAACGAGCGAACAUACGUGGUAGAAUUAUUUAAAUUACAUUUAGGGGAUUUAGACGAAGAGCAUAGACGAAGGCUUUCUACGGUUGUAGACUAUAAAAAAGCAAUUACCGAUUAUCUCCGAGAAAUCGGAAUGUGCAUGAAAAGAACAGUCGAAAGUGAGUGGGAAGGGAUUGAAUUUUUGAAACAUGCUCUCCUGGUUAUCACUGUUCCAGCGGAGUAUCCUGAAGGUGCAAAAGCUAUAAUGAGAGAAUGCGCAUAUAAUGCAGGAUUGAUUGCUGAUAAAAAGUCCGAGCAAUUACAAUUUACCACAGAGCCCGAAGCCGCAGCAAUUUAUUGCAUGGACAAUCUCCGAGAACACGAUCUAGAAACUAGCGGAACAAUUUUCAUGAUCGUCGACUGUGGUGGCGGUACAGUAGAUUUGACGACGCGAAAAUUAUUGGACAAAGAUCGAUUAGGCGAAAUAACCGUAAGAGCAGGAGACUACUGUGGAAGUACUUUCAUUGACGCUGAAUUUAUCAAGUAUUUAAGAGAAGAACUCGGUGAGGUCAUGGAUAUGCUGGAGAACAGCUAUUACGGGCAAAUGCAAUAUAUGAUUCAAGAAUUUUGUCGACACGUGAAAUUACCAUUUACAGGCGAUGAUCCGGAUUUUAGUUUCAUAAUGAAUCUUGAAGAAGUCGCACCGAUUUUAUCGCUAUACGCGAGUGAUGAGGUGAAAAGAAAAAUGGAUGAAAAAGAAUGGAUGAUUAGACUUGAUUACGCAACAAUCAAAUCAAUGUUUGAUCCUGUAGUUGAAAGGAUUCUACGCAUGAUUAGUGCUCAACUUGAUAACUGUCGUGAGAAAUGUUCCAUAAUGUUCUUGGUUGGCGGUUUCGGUCAAUCGGUAUACCUACAAAAUAGAAUUAAACAAGAAUUUCUGCGUCACCGCGUUGACAAUAUUUCCGUUCCCACGAACCCGAUCGCAGCGAUUUCCCGUGGCGCAGCAAUUUAUGGACAAAGUUUUCGCCACAUCGAUGACACGAUAAACAUGAAUGGAUUGAAAUUUAUCAUAGACUCACGUGUUUUAAAAUUCACUUACGGCGUCAAAAUUUUGUCGGCAUGGAAGCCUGGAGACCCACCCGAACGAAAUAAUGGAUUUUUAUAUCGUUUCUACACUAUCGUACGAAAAGGAACCGAAGUAAAGACUGACGAGGAAUUUUCGGCUGAUAAUUUUUGUCCUUGUUUUCCUUUUCAAAAGACUGGACUAUUUGAAAUUUAUUACACACGUGAAUAUGAUGCAAAUUUUAUUGAUGAACCAGGAAUGAAAUUACUUGGGAAACUUAAAAUUGAUUGGCCGGACGUGGAGCUUGGAACAAAAAGACCCACUACCUUUAAGUUAACGUUUGGCCGAAUGGAGAUUACGGCGACUGCGAAUAAUAGAAUUAAUGGCCAAACUUAUCAAACCACUCUUGAAAUAAAUGCAGAAGAUUAA